AUGCUAUUCAAGGGAUUUGUGGCGGAUCGGUACCAACAGGACGCCAACAAGUCGAGGCAGCAACGUGGUCAUAACACCUCCCGGGCGAUCCGGUCGAAGUUGGAAUUAAAUUUACAAAAUAAUUUUUUAACAACGCAACCUAUAGUCGCUAUAAAUUCCAAAAUAGUAGCUAUAAAAUGGAAAGAUCGUGAAUUUAAGACUACGUCUGAUGGCUGCCUUAUUAUCACAGUAGAUAAUGAGAAAGAUAAUGAACCAGAACCCAAGAGGAAGAAAAAAUCUGCACUUUUGUUGCACAGUGAUUCAGAAGACGAUUAUGAAGAUGAUGUUCAGUCGCAAGCAAUGAAUAAAAAAAGUGAAUAUGGCGAUAGUUAUGAUAAUAUUAGCGUAAGGAGUGGAUCCACAUAGAAGUAUCAAGCAGGAGGGUCUGGAAUACAUCGACCAUUGAAAAGAUCAAGAACAGAAUGUAUACCAGGAGCAGAAUAUAAAGCAUCAAAGGCUGGAGGUGAUGUGAAAAGGAAAGGAAAACCAGAUCCAUAUGCUUAUGUACCUCUGUCAAGAGCAGCAUUAAACAAAAG